ACUAUCCCAACUCUAUUCAGCCUGGAGUCUGGUACAGAUGCCUGUUAGGUAAGUAGAAGAUGGGAGUUUCCCACACCUCGGAAGAGAAGGUUCUAGUGGCCCGUGCUCCAAGCUUCCUAACUCAGAACUUCAGUUUCCUGCCGGGGAGAAACAAAACAGGGAGCAGACCAGAUCCCCAGCUCUCGCUCCCUGCCUCUCCACAUCCUCAGGGCCUCUCCCAGGCUGGUACUAAGCAGUGUCAUGAGUGUGGGCCAGGUGGGAGAUUAACUCUUAGGCAUGGGGGCAACUCAGGGCAGGGAAUGGGGAGGAAUGACAGGUCUAAGGCUGCCAUCAGAGAGGGUCAGCUGCCAUCCUUGACAGCUCCCUUCUCCCGGAAGACCAUGACAUAGGUGGUCAGGAACCCAGGCUGAGAAAGACAGCCAAGAAAGGGCCCAGGCAAGCCUGGCCUGUGCCAAGCACUGACUUCAGCCAGCGUGCCGCCUCCUCCUCAGCCCCUCCCCUCCCCACCACACAUACACACACACACACACACACACACACUUAAUACUCUUGGUGCCGGAGUCCAGCCCCUCUGGACCUUGGCCCUAGCUGUGACUAGUGUGGGAACCUCGGAAGACUGGGAGCAGAGUCUGAAACGCAGCAAAAGGAACCGCAAGCAUUGUAGUACCCGACAGCUUUCCCCAGAGGAGGCUGCCACCUGCCGGUCACUUGGGCUCCAGCAUGUGGCUUCCUCUGCUGCUGGGUGCCUUGCUCUGGGGAGUAUUGUGGUUGCUCCGAGACCGGCAGAGCCUGCCCUCCAGCGAUGCCUUCAUCUUCAUCACCGGCUGUGACUCAGGCUUUGGGCGGCUUCUAGCACUACGACUGGACCAGCGAGGCUUCCGCGUCCUGGCCAGCUGCCUGACCCCCGCAGGGGCUGAGGACCUACAGCGAGUGGCCUCCUCCCGCCUCCACACCAUCCUGCUGGAUGUCACUGAUCCCCAGAGUGUCCAGUGGGCAGCCAAAUGGGUAAAGACACAGGUUGGGGAAGCAGGACUUUUUGGUCUGGUGAACAAUGCUGGUGUGGCUGGUAUCAUCGGGCCCACACCAUGGCUGACAUGGGAUGAUUUCCACCGCGUGCUGAGUGUGAACACCCUGGGUCCCAUCGGGGUCACCCUUGCCCUGCUGCCCCUGUUGCAACAGGCCCGUGGUCGGGUAGUCAACAUCACCAGCGUCCUGGGUCGCUUGGCAGCCAAUGGCGGUGGCUACUGUGUCUCCAAGUUUGGCCUGGAGGCCUUCUCUGACAGCCUGAGGCGGGAUGUGGCCCCUUUUGGUGUAAGGGUCUCCAUCGUGGAGCCUGGCUUCUUCCGAACCCCUGUGACCAACCUGGAGAGUUUGGAGGACGCCCUGCAGGCCUGCUGGGUGCGGCUCCCUUCUGCCACACAGGCUCAAUAUGGAGAGGCCUUCCUCACUAAGUACCUGAAAGUACAGCAAUGUAUCAUGAACCUGCUCUGUGACCCAGACCUGACCAAGGUGAGCAGAUGCCUGGAGCAUGCCCUGACUGCCCGUCACCCCCGAACCCGCUACAGCCCAGGCUGGGAUGCCAAGUUGCUCUGGCUACCGGCCUCCUACCUGCCAGCCAGCCUGGUGGACACUGUGCUCACCUGGGUCCUUCCCAAACCUGCCCAGGCAGUCUACUGAAUCCAGCCUUCCAGCAAGAGAUUGUUCUGCAAGAGCCAGGACUCUGACUUAUUUCUGCCCCUGCCCUGGAACUGCCUCAUGCCAGGCACACGGUAGGCACCCAAUAAAUGUGUAUUGUUUAAACAAACAAAAAAGAACAUAGGUGGGAAGAAAUGAAAGACUGACACCAUUUAACUACUAACUACCCUAAGCUGACUUGCCUAAGGUCUGUAGACUGUUCAGUCUACAAAACAACUAGCACCCAGUGGGGUGUGCAAGGGGACUGUUUGCAUCUAUAGACCUCCUUUGAAACUGCAGAAACCCUGGUGGCAUAGUGGUUAAGUGCUAUGGCUGCUAACCAAAAAGGUUGUUAGUUCAAAUCCACCAGGUGCUCCUUGGAAACUCUGGGGCAGUUCUACUCUGUCCUAUAGGGUCACUAUGAGUCAGAAUCAGCUAGACGGCAAUGGGUCUUUGGUUUUGAAAUAGCACCUGGAGUGGCCACCAGAAGACACUUUUGGACAUUUCCUAAUUCAGUAAGGUUACAAUUCAGUGUAUGGAAUGGGAAUAAUUUUC